AUGCUUACUGUAAUAUUGUCAUUCCAAAAUAAUUCCUUUGCUUCUUCCUUCUUUUCUUCCUUCCUUCUUUCCUUUCUUUCCUUCCGUCUUUUCUUUCCUACCUUCUUUUCGCUCCUUCCUUCUUUCCUUCCUUCCUUCCUUCCUUCCUUUUCUUCCUUCCCUUUUCCUUCUUUUAUUUCCUCCCUUCAUUCCUUCCUUUCCUUUCUUCCUUCCUUCUUUUCUUUCUUUCCUUACUUCCUUCCUUCCUUCCUUCCUUUCUUUCUUUCCUUCCUUCCUUACUUUCUUUCAUUCUUUCUUUCUUUCCUUUCAUUUCCUACCUUCCAUUCCUUCCUUUCUUUUCUUCCUUUCUUCCUGUUUUUUUUAUUUUCCUUCCUUCCUUUCUUUCAUUCCUUCGUCCUUACCUUCUUUCCUUCCUUUCUUUCCCUUUUCCUUCCUUUCUCUCCUUCCCUUCCUUACCUUCCUUUCCUUCUUUCUUUCCUUCUUUUCAUUUCCUUUUUUCAUUCCUUCCUUUCUUUCCUUCUUUCCUUUUUCCUUUCUUCCUUCCUUUUUCCUUCCUUCCUUCCUUCCUUUCUUUCCUUCCUUCUUCCUUUCCUUUCUUCAUUCCUUCUUUCCUUUUUCCUUCCUUCCUUCAUUCCUUCUUUUCCUUUUUCCUUCCUUCCUUUUUCCUUUCUUCCUUCCUUUUUCCUUUCUUCCUUCCUUCAUUACUUCCUUCCUACUUUUCUUUCCUCCCUUCCUUUCUUUCCUUCCUUCUUCCUUACCUUCCUUUCCUUCCUAUCCUUCCUUCCUUCCAUUCCUUCUUUCCAUCCUUUCCUUCUUUCCUUCCUUCCUUCUUUCCUUUCAUCCUUCUUUCCUUCCUUCCUUCUUUCCUUUCUUCUUUCCUUCCUUCCCUCCUUUCUUUCUUUCCUUCUUUUCCUUCCUUUCCUUUUUUCCUUCCUUUCCAUCCUUCCUUCCUUCUUUUCCUUCCUUCCUUCUUUCCUUCCUUUCUUUCUUUCCUUCCUUCCUCCCUUCUUUCCUUCAUUUCACUCAUCUUCCUUAUUCAUGUUGUUAUCUUGUAUUUGA